GUCUGGCGGGGACCGGAAGCGGCGCUUUGUUUUGUGGGCGUGGUUUAGUGAACGCGGGAACUGGCGGCGGUUUGUUCGCUUUAGGUUUAGCGCGGCUCGGCUGCUCCGCGCGUCUCUCAGCGGGGCCGGACAAACCGCCGGACUGGGACCGAACCGCCACGGCCGGACAGGAUUUUAGGCUGUGUUUAGAGCUGGACUCGGUUUUAGUAGAGGAGCAGGAGGAGGUAUCUGUGCUCCCCGGAACAGCGGGAGACCCGUAUGUGUGAUAUGGAGUCCUUUCAGAAAGUGGAGAAGAUCGGGGAGGGGACUUACGGAGUGGUUUAUAAAGCCAAAAACAAGAUCACCGGUGAAACCGUGGCCCUCAAGAAGAUCAGAUUGGAUACUGAGACUGAAGGUGUUCCCAGUACUGCCAUUCGAGAAAUUUCACUUCUGAAGGAGCUCAGUCACCCAAACAUUGUCAAGCUGCUGGAUGUCAUUCACACAGAGAAUAAGCUCUACCUGGUGUUUGAGUUUCUUCACCAAGACCUCAAGAAAUUCAUGGACUCCUCCUCAGUCACUGGCAUAUCCCUUCCUCUGGUCAAAAGCUACCUGUUCCAGCUGCUGCAGGGUUUGGCUUUCUGUCACUCUCAUCGGGUCCUGCAUCGAGACCUUAAACCUCAGAAUCUUCUCAUUAACGCACAGGGAGAAAUCAAACUUGCUGAUUUCGGGCUGGCCAGGGCUUUCGGCGUGCCAGUACGCACCUAUACCCAUGAGGUCGUGACUUUGUGGUACAGAGCCCCAGAGAUUCUGCUGGGCUGUAAAUAUUACUCCACAGCUGUUGACAUCUGGAGUUUGGGAUGCAUAUUUGCUGAAAUGAUUACACGAAGGGCUUUGUUUCCAGGAGAUUCUGAAAUCGAUCAGCUUUUCCGGAUUUUCCGUACGCUGGGCACACCUGACGAGACGGUCUGGCCUGGAGUGACCUCGAUGCCAGACUACAAGCCAUCCUUCCCGAAGUGGGCUCUACAAGACCUGGCUAAAGUAGUGCCUCCUUUAGACGAGGAUGGAAGAGACCUGCUUGGGCAAAUGCUGAACUAUGACCCCAACAAGAGAAUUUCAGCCAAAAAUGCACUCGUCCAUCGAUUCUUCCGCGACGUCACCAUGCCCAUGCCCCCUCUGAGGCUGUAAGACAUGCAGAGCAGGAAAUACACAGACUGACACUGACGGGCUGCAGCGGAUCCAAACUAGAACCUUACCUUUUCCUGAAGAAUUUCUCCUGUAGCUCAGAGACUGUUCGCCAGUUCUAUUCUCACAGAUUCUGGAAGCCUUUUAAAAAGAGAAAAACAGUUCAGCCAAAGUUGAGAUUCUAAGAUUCUGUGGAAAAUGUUCUUAAUGACAUGAGCAGUUUGUUUUGUUUUUUUACCAGCGUAUAAGAGUCCAUCAGCUCAGGGCUCAUAUUUUGUACUGUGCAGAUGAGACUUCCUCUCCAAAUGACAUUCCAUAAUUUGGUGAACUGUGGAUUCAGGAAUUUGUCUGAUUGUUUAACAACAAUCUCUUCACUUAUGCACCAGCUUCAUUCAGAGAAAUAUUUAUUUUGGAUGGCUAAAAACCUUUCAAUUUCAAGUUCAGGAUAUUUUUGUAAUCUGUGAUUUUAAGCCUGUUGAGGCGUUUUAUUAAUGUUUGCUAAUUAUACAUAAACUUGUUUAAAAAAGUGCUGUU